AUGGCUUCACGAUCAAAAUUGGCCAUUUUCGAAGAGGCCAGGGAGGAUUUGAAAUGCUUUCGACAAGAAGUUCGUUGUCUAAAAGAUAUCGAAUAUCUGGAUGAAGAAGCGGUGAUUGAAUUGGGAGUGGAAAGUAGGAAUUUGGAAGAGAUCCUUGUCGGUCUCUUCGAUUCAAUGUUCGCCCUCCGUUCUCAAGUGGGCAUCGAUAAAAGGGAAUUUCUCGAGAAAAUCUUUGCCGAUUCAUCGAAUUUGGGAGAAAACAAAAAGAUCGGGCAAACGUUGAGGAAUCGAAUCCAAAUAACCGAUUCACAGGGAGUAGAUGAGAGAUGGACUGUUGUUUACUGUUCAAUGCCAUCACUGAGAAGAACGAGAAUUGGUGUGGCUCGUUUAUCCACAGAAGUCCCACUUGGUCCCUCACUUGAACAAUGUCAAUUCAUUGUUCUCAUUUUAGCCCCAACACAUGAGAAAGGGACAAAAUGUGCUCAAGAAAUCGGCAAAACCUAUGCAAGUUUGUUGAGUUGUCCGAAUACUUUUGAGCGAUUGUUGAAAGCGGUUGAUGGAGACAAGAUUAAAGAAAUCUUCAAUGAGGUGGCGAAAAAUCGGCAGGAGUCAGUUGUACUUUGUGUGAAGGAUAAUGGAAAAGAGAAUGAUGAUGAAGAGGAGGAUAAUUACUCUUGGUUCAUUCCAUUCAAAGGAAUUGUCAAUGAUGCAAGGAGAAAAGCGAAGCAUUAUAUUUCCGAUUUUACAGAUGGAUAUGCUGAUGCCCGCAGUUUCCGUAAAGUGAUCAGCACAGCCGUUUUUCUUGUGUUCACCAUUUUGCCCACUUCAAUAGCUUAUGGAAUGUUGAAUGAUGAGAAUACCAAAGGAAUGAUUAACGUACAAAAAGUGAUAAUCGGCCAAUGGAUUGGUGGUUUAUUCUUUGGAUUGGUUGGGGGACAACAAUUGCUCAUUCUAUCGACUACCGCUCCACUCAGCAUUUACAUACAUGUAAUCUACAACAUGGCUCAAUCAAACGGUCUCGAUUUCUUUUCCCUUUAUGCAUGGGUUGGUGUGUGGUCACAGAUUUUUCUGGCCAUUUUCGCCAUCUUCAAUGUGGCUAAUUUGAUGAAGUUCACAAAAAGAUCAACCGAGGAGAUUUUUGGCCUUUUCAUCGCUUUCGCUUUGACUUACAAAGCUCUGGCGGCGGUGAUUAAAACCUACAACUACAGCUAUAGAAAUUGCGGGAUUGGUCAUAAUGGAACUAUGGGAAUGGAGGAUGGUUGUUCACCGGAAAGCGCUCUUCUUUUCCCAUUGAUGGUUUUCGGAACUCUUUGGAUUGGAUUGACACUGGAUUCGGCUAGGAAAAGUCAUUAUUUGACAGGUUUAAUUCGUGAUCUUGUCUCCGACUAUGCCCUCCCAAUCGCUGUGAUUAUCAUGGCGAUUGUAGCAAAGAUAUUUUUCUUCAAUGUUGAAAAGGAAUCAUUCAAUGUCUAUGAUGAGAUUGAUAUCGCUUGGGCUGGACCGGAGAAGCUACCAUUUUGGGCACAGGGAAUGGCCGUCGGUCUCGGUUUCCCCUUGUCUCUUCUCUUUUAUAUGGACCAAUUAUUGGUCACGAAUACUGUCGAUAAUAAACAAAACAACUUAAAGAAAGGUUCAAGCAUGCAUUGGGAUCUUCUCGUUGUCUCUGUGUUGAAUGUUUGUCUUUCCCUUUUAUCACUUCCAUGGAUGCACGGAGCACUUCCAUCUGCAUAUUUACAUUUUAAAGCUCUCGCUGACGUUGAACAUCGUGUCCAUAAUGGGGUGAUGAGUGAAAUAAUGGUAAAGGUUCGAGAAACAAGAUUGGCCGUUUUGUUGGCUCAUCUCUUGAUGAUUCCCAUCUAUUUCUAUUUGAUUCCAUAUUUUACCGCUUUUGUGCCGACAUCGCUGUUCCAUGGUCUUUUCCUCUUCAUGGCGAUCAGCUCGUUGACAGGAAAUGAAAUGUGGCAACGAGUGAUGUUGUUGUUUACAGAACAAAGAUCUUAUCCAGCCAUCGAUUAUUUGAGGCGAGUCCCACAGAGGAUCGUUCACACCUUUACCCUUAUUGAGAUUUUGCAACUCGUUGUGUUGAUCGUUGUCGGAUUUUACCCUUUAUCUUAUGUGGAAAUGGUUUUCCCGGUGAUCAUUGCAUUGUUUAUACCGUUUAGGCAUUUCCUUUUGCCACUCAUCAUCUCCAAGGAGCAUUUAGAAGUUUUGGAUAGUGAACAU